CCAUCCAAGUCUGUUCUCUCUCUCUCUCUCUCUCUUCUCUCCCCUAGCGUCUGUGUUCGUUCUGUUCUCGACGGAAAAUCGAAGGCGGUGGUGAUGGGCGGCGAGAGGAGUUCCAAGGAGGAGGAGGAGAGGAAGAAGAAGAAGAAGAGAAGCUCCGUUUACGACUCUGGAGAUGAUAGGAAAAGAAAAAAACGUAGAAGUUUAGAAGAAGAGGAAGCCAAGAGCAGUAAGACCAAAAAGAAAGACAAAUCCAAGAGGAGCAAGAAUUCUCAUAGGUCUUCCAAACACCGUACUGAUAAAGAAAAGAAAUCAAAAGAGAAGCAGAAAAGUAAACGAAGCAAGCAUGAUGAUCAGUCGAAACUAAAUUUCCAAGUGCUGUCUAUGGAUGACUACUUCUCUAAGAACAAUGAAUUUGCAACAUGGCUGAAGGAAGAGAAAAACAUGUUUUUCUCAGAUCUUUCGUCAGAGUCUGCACAUGAUCUGUUUUCACAUUUUGUCAAGGACUGGAACAGCCAUGAGCUUGAAUCCCGAUACUACAAGGGCAUUGAGACUGCGCCUCGGUCCGCCCAUAAGUGGAAAAUUAAGCAAUAGUAGAAUCUCUGAACUGUACUGUUUGUUAUGCUUUGUUUUCAAAUAUCUACGUUGUUUUGUGAGGGUUGUUUUAGUUUCAUAAGUUUACUGUGAACACUGCUAACUCAAUGAAUAGAAUUCUCCAAUAUGUAUUGAAUAUAUUUGCCAAGGCCUUUUUAUUGAUUUUGCAAUGAACUAAGGAUGGAGAUGUGAAUCAAA